AUGAUGGGGAAACUUCCCCUGGGGGUUGCCUCCCCUUAUGUGAAGAUGAGUUCGGGGGGCUGCGCGGACCCCCUGAAGUUCUACGCCACCAGCUACUGCAUAGCCUACGGUCAGGAGGAGUUCAAGCCCCGCAUGGGCAGUCACACAGGCACCGGCUACAAAUCAAAUUACCGGCCUGUGGUCUCAAGCCAAGCCAGGCUCAACGCCGUGGACAAUCCAGCCGUGGGGGAACGAGUCCAGGACAAUUUCCAGACAGUAACCAGUCAGAGUUACCGCCCCCUGGUGGUGUCCGAUGGCACAAACCCACUGCCCGGCAACUUGUACCAGACGGACUCUGGCUAUUCUCUGGAGAAGGCCGGUUUGGUACCUACCACCAAGGAGGUCAGAAAGGUCCACUUUGACACCCAGGACUAUGGGCCCCACUCUAUCACGGGGCUGGAGCCCAAGCAUGUGCCCCUGCUCUGCCAGCAGCAAAGAAAGGGCUCGCUGGAGUGGGAGAACGCUGGCCACGGGCCGCGCUUCAUGACGUCUGAGUAUAAUUCCAAGUAUCUCAAGGAGCCUUCAAGCCAGCCAGAUCUCUUGCAGAAGAAGUCUAUCGGCGCCAAAGAGGAGUCCAGCUUCACCAAGGAAGCCACCCAGAACCCCGUCGUCUUCCAGGCACCCUCUCAGGCCCUCCCUGGGGACCCUGUCCUCCUUCCUGGCCGGAGCGUCACCAAGUCCGACUUUGUCCCCAUGACCUACCCUCAUGGGCAUGAGCUGCUGCCCCAGAUGGCCAGAGGCUCCGAGCGGGAGACGGGCUUCAGCCGAGUGAAUGAGAGGGCUCUCGGCCCCAGAGCGUGCCCACCCGGCCCAGAACCCAGCAGCAUGAGCCACUGGCAAUUCCAGCACCCCCAGCGGGUACAACAGACAAAUGUCACCCUGCCUGGCCGGGAGAUCGUGGGGAACAAGGAGCCCACAGGGUACAGCCUCAACAACCCGAGCUACGUCCGGAGCCCCCGCGAGCCCAAUGUGGAUGAUCACUACCUGACCACCUACAACCAAGGGUACUUGGAGAACACCCCCAAGGGGCCAGACCGAGGCAGCAUCCAGCCGCAGAAGCCUGGAGGCUACGCCCUCAACCAGCCGGUCACCAGCCUGGUGGCCGCCCCCAACCCCACGGGGAGCCUGAGGCACCUCCACCCCCACGUGGGAAGAACCCUGAUCUCAACCGACCCCUUCUACCGCCCCCUGCCUUACAGCAGCCGCUUCAACACACCCCACUGA